AUGGCUUCAUCGUCCGCCGCUUCGAUGUCGACGAUUUCGUCGGCCGCCGCCUUCCGCGCGGGCCGUCGCCGAUCGACCGCGCGUCGCUCUCGCGCGACCCCGACGACCCCGACGCGUCGUGGCGGCCAUCGCCGCGCCGACGCUGCGCGAUUCAGCGUCCGCGUCGUCGCGGCGGCGACGAACGACGAGGUCACGGUCAAGCAGACGGAUCUCGGCGAUUGCAAGGUUCGCCUCGAGGUCACGGUCCCGACGGCGGUGCAGACCGAGGCGCGGCAAAACUGCCUCGAGGGAUUCGCGGAGAAGACGCAGAUCCCCGGGUUCGCGCAGUACAAGAAGAGCGGCGGCCGCAAGAAGGGCGCGAACGUUCUUCCCCCCGCGGGGGUCAUCGUGAACUUCGUCGGCGAGAAGGAAUUCGGAGCCGCGUGCGCUGAGGAAAUGUUACAGCUGUCGCUCCCGAAAGCGAUGGAGGUGGUCUCCGCGACCGCGCUUCAGGAUAGCGAAAAGAUCGAGACCUCCUUCGACGAUCUCCUCAAAGCGUUCAGCGGCAAGGAGUGCGAGCCCACCGGCGACGUCAUCUACUCAGUGACCGUCGAGGUCGUCCCCACGAUCAAGUGGACCGGGGACUACCGCAAGCUGUCCGUGACGGUCACCUCGCCGGGCGACGACGAGACGGACGCGCUCGAGGCGGAGGCCAUCUUCAACACGCGGCUGCGCGGGCUGGGCACGAUGCGCGUCGUCGUGGACCGCGGGCUCGAGAUUGGCGACCAGGCGGUCAUGGACCUCGAGGCGGUCAACGCGGAGACGAGGUCGCCCAUCGACGGGAUCAAGCAGAAGAAGUUCAGCCUGGACACGGGCGCGGCGAGGGUGAACCUCCCGGGUUUGAUCGACGGAAUCAUCGGGAUGAAACUGGGGGAGCAGCGCACGUUCCCGAUCACGAUGCCGAACGACUGGCCGCAGGCGUUCUUGCGCGGCGUCACCGCGGACUUCACGGUGGACCUGCGCGAGGUGUUCGAAAACACCGUCCCCGACCCCACGGAUGACAUCGCGUCGCAAAUUUACCCGGACGCGACGUCCAUCGCGGAGGCGAAAGAGAAGAUUCUCGAGGCGCAGAAGGAGAACACGAAGGCGAUGCUCGAGCAGGCGACGAACGAGGCGCUCGUGGACGCGCUCGCGGCCAUCUGCGACGCCCCGCUGCCCGCGUCCAUCGUGGAAGAGACGGGGCGGCAGAUGUACUCGGAAAAGAUGCUGGAGGCGCAGAUCGGCCAGCAGAUGUCCAUGGACGUGAUCAACCAGCUCGCGGCGCCGGAAAUGGUGGACGAGUACCUUCGAACAAACAAGGAGUCCAUCGAACUCAUCGUGCGACGGACCGUCGCGUGCGAGGAGCUGUUCCGCCUUGAGAACAUCGAGGUCACGGAGGAGGAGUUUAAAGCCGAGGUGGUCAGCGCCAAGGAGGAGUUCGAGCGGUACGGGACGGAGUACGACGUGCAGCGGUUGGUGGAGCAAGCGGGGGAGGUGAUCGAGGCGAGGAAGUCGCUGGAUUGGCUCAGGGAGCACGCGACGAUCACGAUCGCGCCGCCCGCGGGCAAGCAGUGA